AUGAGACAGCUAGCGAAAACGACUGAGCCUACCCUCGACAUCGAUACGCUCACAAAACGCUUACUCGACGUUGCUGAAGGCCCGAAUACCCCUCGUAAAUACACCCGACGGGGGUCGCGCGAUAGAAACACCAAUUCUACCUUGUCUCCUUCAUCGUCUGAUGACAGAAAUAUGGAAUUGCUGCGUCUCGAGGAACUCCUUCAUUAUGGUGGUAGGCCUGUGGCUCUCGACAUUGCGUCGCUGACUGAGAAGGCCGAGACUGGAGACUAUGGGUUCCCCCAGUACCUAGAGGCACACAGGCACCAAGGCUUGCGAGAACGCUAUCCAGAAUCGGGUCCCGAGUAUGACGAGUCAACUGCACGAAUGUGGGAGUCGACUCCAAAGUAUUGCGAAGUCCCUGGCGGAAGUUUUCAAGCAUACCAAGAAGCAGUCAAGAAACGUCUGGCAUCUCACAACUUCACUCGGGAGUUUCGAUUGGAAGCUGACCCGCGUCAACAAGAUACCUGGACAACAUGGGUUGAGUAUCUUAACUUCGAAUACUUUGAGAGAGACAGGCUCGCUGCUUUGUUAAUGAGGUUGGAACAAGAUUACAUCAAUGCCUGGGAUAAAUUCUUGGUUGUGGAUUCGUCGAGAUUUGAUGCUUUCGGAAGGCCUCUAGCCGAACCAGAAGAUAACUUUGGGGCCCUACAACGGCGGGUAGACAUUUUCAUCCGAGAUACUUACCCGUAUCGCAGCAAGGAACCCUUUUUUUGCCACCAGCGUGUCUUGACGCGAUGGAUCCUUGAGCAGUUAAGUUUAAUCGAGGCUGAGACCAAGCAACAACGUACAGCUAAAGACUGUGGCCAAACCAAGUUUCCGUCCAACAAGAAAAGAAAACAAGCUGAGGAUGAGGAAGCUGAGGACGAAGAAAACGGACGCCUCCUCAAGAGAUCGAAACAAGCCGGUGUCUCGGAUCAAAACGCUGCUCAACAACCAGCUCGAGGAAGACCAAAGAAUUUCACUAAAGCAAGGAUAUCUAAAAGGGGCGCACGAAAACCCCGUCUUCCUAGCCAACCAGCCAGCUCACAGAAAAAUACAAACUUAGACUCUCAGAAAAGCCCGUCCUCGAAACGAAGAUCGUGUACUGAGGCUAUGGUUCUACCAUCGCCGAUUCGGCGUCGAUCGCAACGGUUGCAAGCUCGGUUGCAAGCUCGGUUGCAGGAACGUUUGUAG